CGCGGACCUGCCGGCGACCGGCUGCCCCCCGCCCAGCGACCGGCGCGCCCCCCUCCCGAUCCGCGCCGCCGCCUCCCGCGCUCUCCCCAGUCAUGUCCCACCCGGAGCGAUGGGGAAGCUCGAGGACAACGAGAGGGUGAUCCUCAACGUGGGGGGCACGCGGCACGAGACCUACCGCAGCACCCUGAAGACCCUGCCGGGGACCCGCCUGGCCCUGCUCGCCUGCGAGUCCCAGAGCGAGUCCCCGGGCGGCGAGGAGCCGCCGCCGCCCCCCAACCCGCCGCUGCCUCCGGCGGGCGGCUGCCCGGAGCCCGGCAGCGGCUGCAGCCCCCGGGGCAGCGGCGGCGCCAGCGAGUUUUUCUUCGACCGGCACCCGGGGGUCUUCGCCUAUGUGCUCAACUACUACCGCACCGGCAAGCUGCACUGCCCCGCCGACGUCUGCGGGCCGCUCUUCGAGGAGGAGCUGGCCUUCUGGGGCAUCGACGAGACCGACGUGGAGCCCUGCUGCUGGAUGACCUACCGCCAGCACCGCGACGCCGAGGAGGCCCUCGACAUCUUCGAGGCACCCGACCUGCUGACGGGCGAGCCGCCCCCCGACGGCGACGACGACGACUUGGCCGCCAAGAGACUGGGCAUCGAGGACGUGGGGGCGGCCGCCGAAGGCAAGGGCGGGCGCUGGCGGCGGCUGCAGCCCCGCGUGUGGGCGCUCUUCGAGGACCCCUACUCGUCCCGCGCCGCCAGGUUCAUCGCUUUUGCCUCUUUAUUCUUCAUCUUAGUUUCAAUCACAACCUUCUGCCUGGAAACACACGAGGCUUUCAACACUAUUAUAAACAAAACUGAGCAGGUCAUCAACGGGACAGAAGCUGUGUUACAGUAUGAGAUUGAGACAGAUCCUGCACUGACAUACGUGGAAGGAGUCUGCGUGGUAUGGUUUACAUUUGAAUUUUUAGUACGUGUUAUUUUUUCUCCCAACAAACUUGAAUUCGUCAAAAACCUCUUGAAUAUCAUUGACUUUGUGGCCAUCCUGCCCUUUUACCUAGAAGUGGGCCUGAGUGGGCUCUCCUCCAAAGCUGCUAAGGACGUGCUUGGUUUCCUCAGGGUGGUAAGGUUCGUCAGGAUCCUCCGGAUUUUCAAGCUCACCCGGCACUUUGUGGGCCUCAGGGUGCUGGGCCACACGCUGCGAGCCAGCACCAAUGAAUUUCUGCUGCUGAUAAUAUUCCUGGCACUUGGUGUUUUGAUAUUUGCCACUAUGAUCUACUACGCAGAGCGGGUGGGAGCCCAGCCUAAUGACCCAUCAGCGAGUGAACACACACAGUUCAAAAACAUCCCCAUCGGCUUCUGGUGGGCUGUAGUCACCAUGACCACCCUGGGAUAUGGGGAUAUGUAUCCACGAACUUGGUCAGGCAUGCUGGUGGGAGCCCUGUGUGCCCUGGCGGGAGUGCUCACCAUAGCCAUGCCCGUGCCUGUGAUAGUUAACAAUUUUGGGAUGUACUACUCCCUGGCCAUGGCAAAGCAGAAACUGCCAAGGAAGCGAAAGAAGCACAUCCCUCCUGCUCCUCAAGCCAGCUCACCCACCUUCUGCAAGACAGACUUGAACAUGGCCUGCAAUAGCACGCAGGGUGACAUCUGCCUGGGCAAGGACAACCAGCUGAUGGAACACAACAGAUCAUCAGCCACCGUGUCCCACCCUGUUGGACUCCAUGGUGUUUUGCCUCAGUGUCUGUCUCUUGUGUCAGCUUUGCCUGUGCCACAUCGUGGCCUGUUAAGCAAGAUCCUACAAAGAAGCAGUCAUUUAAAAGGAGCAGUGUUAUCAGGUGAAGACAGUGCAGGAAGUGAGCAGCCACUCUCACCUGGUGAAAGGCUCCCUCCCAUCAGACGUUCUAGUACAAGAGACAAAAACAGAAGAGGGGGAACAUGUUUCCUACUGACAACAGGUGAUUACACGUGUGCUACUGAUGGAGGGAUCAGGAAAGGCUAUGAAAAAUCCCGAAGCCUAAACAACAUAGCUGGCUUGACAGGCAAUGCUCUGCGACUGUCUCCAGUAACAUCACCCUACAGCUCACCUUGUCCUCUAAGGCGCUCUCGGUCUCCCAUCCCUUCCAUCUUGUAAACCUGAUGGCGUCAAUCGGCUACAUAGCAUUAAAUCAAAUACUGUUUACCACAUCUUGGAAAUAAAUGUAGCAUUAAGCAUAGGCUCCACAAAUAUGGUCUAAAUCCUGCAUGAUACAACUGUCAGUAGUAAGAAAAGCCACUUGGGUACCUGAAGAUUUUUGUCUUGGCUUUUAAAGAUUACUUCAGGUAGCAUUUCUCCUUUUAUCUACUAUAUUGUCCUACUUUCCUGUGGCAAUAAAAGGACAGUUAGUGGAUGCUGUUGUCCAUAUAUUCAAUAAAUAAGCAUAUUUUCAGGGAGAUUUACUUAAAAUAAUGUGCUUCCAAGUAAUUAUCAGUCACUCCAUUGAACCUCCAUUUCUUGUGACUCUAAUCCAUUCUGAAGAUGUCUGCUCUGAAGGGUCUGCUCAUUUGCAUGGACCAUCCUGUCUCCAUCACCUGACAAGCAGUGUUGCGGAUCGUGGAGACCACAGAGGGCUCUGGAUGUGUGUUCUCACAUUGUUACCAUCCUGCUGAAAUGAAAGCACUGAUAAACUGGUCUGCAUGUGGGAUUGUUUUUCUGUGUUUAACCUUUUCUUUUAUUUUUUAACUAUCUACUUGUUUAUAAACGACUUUAUUUUGUGAUUAACUUAUUUCGGUACUGGAUUGCUGUAUCAGAGUUCUGAAUGUCUCCGGUUGUUUGCACACAGAUAACUGCAAAGAGGUUGUCAUUACUGGUUACACGCAAGCAGAAGCCAGAUCUCUUUCUUAAUGGCUUGGGGAAGGCACAAAACAUGCAAGAAAGGUAAACGCCAUCCAGACUUGCAAUUUUAAGCUAGCAAGUGCUGCUUGGUACUGUAGUAUUUUCUCUACUCCAGGGUUUUUCAACAUUUUCAGAAGCUGAGUACCAAGUAAAAUUGAAACAAUUUUUGGGGGCUUUUUUUUACCAUUGUAAGAGGGUAGUAGUUCUCAAGUCGGGUUUUUGACCAGCCUUAUACCUCUGGCUAGUGGGCUUCAAAAAUUUCUUCAGUCCAUGUUUUUUGAGGUGAUUUGUCCUAUGUGUUGUUUGUCUGUCUGUUUUGCAACCUGUCUCCUUGUAGUCUCCAUCUGUCUCCAUAAAGCACAGAGAUUCUGUUAAAAUGCCCCCUUCUUUUAAGUUGAACUAAGAACACUUUUUUCUCCUUUUCUCUUUUUUCCAUAUGCACUAUACAUCCAUGUAUAGAUAGAAAUAUACGUAUUUUUCAAGUGCAGUUAGUAUCAUCUAGACUAACUCGUGUGCACUCCUAAGGCUUUUUGAGCGGCUUUUCAGCACUGACCGGUUGCCUAUUGCAUCAAUUUUCCUCCCAGCAACCAGCAUUCAUUACAAUUUUGAAACUGUAUCUCCUCUAGUGGCUUUUUCAUUCAAUACUAACCUCUGUUUAUGCAACAGGACAAAUGCAAUGGCAAAUUUGAGGUUCUGGGCUGGUGAGGAAAAAUUACCCUUAAACUGUAGAGUUUUAGAAGACCAUAAUGACUGAAAUCUUCUUAAGUGAUCCUUGAAAUUGUUGAAUAAUACCUGACUGUCAUGUUUUACUUUUUUGUUAGGAAAAGAAAUUAAAUUUAUUGUUGACCAUGUAACAUGUUCUUCUGUAUAUAGCCAAGCCCAAUAGCAUGACCUGCAUGUCAGAAUUCUUGUACAAUAAUGUAGUUAUCAAAGUAUACAUUUCUGAUAUUUAGAGAUGUACAUUGAUUUACUUUUGGUAAAAUAUUGUCAAUAGAGAGAUAAUUGCAAACAGCUUUUAGCAAAUGAAUUAAUAUACUAUCUGGUGCUGCUGUUAUAUUAACUACAGUGUUGUACAGAAUUUAUCAUGGAUUUUUGACUGCUGAAAAAGGGACAAUGGAAUUUAGCCAUACCAAGGACUGUACUGGAAAGAGACU